AUGGCUCUGUUCUCGCUAAAGUUCAAGGUUUUGUCCUUUGUUCUAGCGGUGUUGUACCUCCUGACACAUGUUUUUGUCAAGUGUCCCCUGACCAGCGCAUACAAACCAGACGGUCUGGGAUCGAACGACCUCAUAUGUAGCUACACUCACAAGUACUACAAGCUUGCUGAGCCACAUAUUGGUCCGUUCGUGGAAGCUGCUGAUGCCAAGGUGUUUACUCCUCUUGGUGAGCACUACGCCAAAUCUCCUAUCAAGCCAUAUGUUGACUACGGAUAUCAUCAGACAGCAAACAAGUACAGUAUUGUUUCCGACAAGGUUUAUGAGGUGACCAAGCAGGGUGCUGACAAGUAUUUUGGAUUGGUGAGAGAGAAGAGUAUCGAGACCUGGUAUAAGGUUGCAGCCAAGACUGAGGAAGUUGUUUCGAUUUCUAGUAUUUACUUGAAGGCCAAGGCUGAAACGUUGAAGGAUCUCAUCAAAACAAAAAGCAUUCACUUUGCUGUUUUGACCAAGGAGGUGGUUUUGACCAAGGUUGUUCCUCAGACAGUCAAGUUCUUCCUUUAUGUCAAGACCAAGUCCCUGGUUUACACUACAAAGCUCAGAAUUGCACUUCACUUACGGUACAACCUAUAUGUGCAUCCACAGCUCUCAAAACUGUACUAUAAGCUGAAAUUGGAUGCUUUGGAGCCUUAUUUCGAGGCAUUCCAAAAAUCGUGGUUCUACGAGAACACUUCGAGAUUGAUUGUUUUGCUUGUGGACUCACUCAAUUACUUGUAUGCCAAGUCGUACGAGUACAUUCUUGCUUUCAAGCAGGACUCUGUUAUCAGAAAAACCACCGAAGAGUACUGGAGAACGGAACACAAGAAACAAUUCUUGAAAGACGAGUUUAACAAGCUGAUGAAUGCCAAGUUCAAGAUUCCUAGCUACGAAGAUGUCGAGUUUUUCAAAAAGCUCUCCAAGCAGGCUGCAGAGACCGAAAAGGGAGAUGACGUUUCUGAAACCACCUCUGUUGUGGAACCUACUCUCACAAAGUACAACAAGUUGUUGAAAGGAAUUAAGGUUGACGCGUUAAGUGAUUUCGAGACUCAAGUUGCCAAGAUUGAUUCUGAGAUCUCUUCCAAGAUCCAAGAGGACCUCAAGCCACAGUUACAAGAAUUGAGCAAGCUGGCCAACUCCAAUUACGAGGAUAUCCAUGUUCUCAUUCACGAUGUCAACCACAGCACAGACAAAAAAGUGACUCGUCAGGAUAUGCGUGACAUUCUUGCAAAGGCUUCGUCUAAUUUGGGUGAAAGGGCUGAUGCGAUUGUUGCUGAAUUCAAAAAAUACGAAGAGGAAUAUUCUGAUAAGGUCCUAAAAGCCAGAACCACCAUCCUGGAGACUUUGGAAGAGUUCAGUGAAUCCACGCUGACUGCAUAUUCUACAGAAAUAGUUCAAAAAGGAGAUGACUGGAAAGAGUGGAAAAACUACAAUGAGCUCAAACAGGAUUUGAUUCAAACAAGAGACCUGCUUUUAAAUUCCACUCCCAAGCUAGAGAAGGUUAACAAGCUGAUGAACGAACUCAACAGAACUUUGAGUAUUUUGGUGAACGAUGGCAAGUCCUAUCUUGCGAUUUUGCGUGCCAAAGCUAACUUGGAAUUCCAAUCUCGCGAAAAGGCAGAGAGAGAAGCGGAACAGGAAAUCACCAGCACUAUUGUGCUCUACGAUACAGUUGUGCUGGAUGAGCAAGACCAUCCAGUGAGUACGAUUCAUGCACAGGAACCAGAGCAGUCUGAACAGCCUGAGGAGGCCCAAACGCUGAUUAUCUGA